AUGCGUGGCUUCUUCCAUCACCCCAACAUCGUUUGCCUUGUGGAUUGCUCUCUGAGAGAGCAGGCCAUCCCACAUGAGGCCUGGCUGCUAGUACCCCUCUUCAAGGGAGGUACACUAUGUAAGGAGAUAAAACGGCUGAAACACAAAGGCAACUUCUUGACUGAAGAUCAAAUCCUUCUGUUGCUGCUGGGUAUCUGCAGAGGCCUUGAGGUCAUUCAUGCCCAGGGUCAGGCCCUCAGGGACUUACAGCACACCAGUAUCUUGCUUGGACAUGAGGGGCCACCAGUUUUAAUGGACUUGGGUUCCAUGAAUCAAGCAUGCACCCAUGUGGAGGGCUCCUGCCAGGCUCUGGCCCUACAGUCCCUCGGCUGGGUGCUACAUGCUGUGAUGUUUGGGGAAGGCCCUUAUGACACAGUGAUCCAGAAGGGUAGCAGUGUGGCCCUUGCUGUACAGAACCAACUCAGCAUCCUGCAAAGCCCCAGGCAUUCUUUAUCAAUGUGGCAGCUGCUGGCCUCCAAGAUGUAUGUGGACCCCCAGUAG